GCAGGAGGUGGGAAUUUUCCUCCAAGGCAGCAGGAGCCCGAGCCCGGUCUCAGAGCUCCAGCGGAGCCCGCAGGAAGAGCCUGGCACGUCCCCUCCACAGCUCCACAGCCGCGCACGCGGGUGGGACCAGCCCGCGCCCCGCAGAGCCAUGAACCGGCUACCACAGCUGCUGCUGUGGGUCACUGCAGUGGCUGUUGUUUUCUGCUCUGGAUCACAUGAAGAAAACUCUUCUUCACCGAAUCCAACUCAGAAGCUCUCCCUGAUAAAAAAUAGGAUGGUUUCAUUGCAUCAGCCUUCUACACCAGAAAUCUCUUGUGUCAUUGGCUCGAGCUGUUCAUGGGUGACGUCCACAGACAGUUUUGGAAAGCCAGACUGGGUGUUAUCUUCCAUUGGUGUCCUGGCAUCCCAGGAGAGGCAGCGGAUGCUUCUGGAAAACGGUUCCUCCCAUGGAGAUGUUGAAGGGGCUGUUUUCCUCCUGAACACCAGUAGACUCCCAGAUAGGUGUGAGUUCAGCCUGCAAAGCCCCAUCCUGCCUGGGAGCUUGGAUUCUUGCUUGCUGGAGCUGUCCAUAGGUUCACAGGAUGCUGUUCCUCUUCUCCAGAGAUUCACAGUUGAAAUCAAAUAUGCAGAGACAAACAAAAACACAGUAACUUCUCUGAGAGCUGGCCAUGAGGAGAAUGCUGGGAUGAAAUGGAAACACCUGGUGGCCCAGAUUGGACAAAUAAAAAGACCUUUCAAAAUCACCCUGAUGUAUUCAAACUGCGGAGCACAAGAGGUUGGAGUACUGGCAGUGGGCUCCUUGCAGCUCAGGAACUGCUUUCAUGAUAAAGAAAAUCAAGACCUUUUUGUAUAUGACAAAGGCUCAACCUUCCCCUGCUUUCAUGGAGGCUGUGUCAGCCACCUACAGAUCUGUGAGUUCAUCAGUGAUUGCCCUACCAAAGAGGAAGGAGUGAGGUGUGACAGUCUCCCAGAGGGUUCACAUUGCUCAUUUGAAGAAGGUCUGUGUGGCUGGACACUGAAUGAAACUGCAGCAUCUCCUUGGUCUAUUCGGGGCAUUUCCAAAAUGAUUGAAGAGGACUCAUUUAUAGGGUCUACUCUGCAAGUCACUGGUGGACACUUCCUCUACCUGCGAGCAGACAGCACUCAGACAAGUGGUAUGGCUAAAGCUUCCAGUACCAGCUUGCCAGCCAGUCUUGCCACUGAAGACUACCAGAUUCAAUUUUCAGUGCAUGUUUUUGGAAGCUACAAUGGUACAGUCUCCUUCUCUCUCAGGGAAGAGAUAAAGGGAGCUCCAAUCACCUUGCCAAUGUGGGAAAGGGCAGGGAGCUGGAGCGACCACUGGUUUCUCAUCACCUUACCGAUGCCAGUGCUUCAGAACCGGUUUCAACUGGAACUCCUGGCAACCUGGGGCUGGAAUUCCCAAGCUGACAUUGCUAUCGACAACAUUACAUUUGGCCUGAACUGCUUCACUGACGGAAAACGACUGAAUCAUUUUGGUGGGAAACGCCAGUACCCGCGUGAGAUUAGUAUCCUGGAUGAACAUCCUCUGAACCCCCUGGAAGAGCCCUCCCUCCCAGGGGACACAACUGUUGUUCUGUGGUGGUUCUCAACAUGUGGUGCCAGUGGUCCCCAUGGGCCAACUCAAGCUCAGUGUGACAGUGCCUACAAGAACAGCAACGUGUCAGUGACUGUGGAGAAGGAGGGCAGGCUCCGGGGAGUGCAAGUCUGGAGAGUGCCAGCCACAAACAGAUACAGGAUUUCUGCCUAUGGAGCAGCCGGGGGGAAGGGAGCCAAAAACCACAAUAAGAGGUCCCAUGGGGUCUUCAUCUCAGCCACCUUCCACCUGGAGAAAGACGAGCUGCUGUACAUCUUAGUGGGGCAGCAGGGGGAGGAUGCCUGCCCUGGGGGCAAUCCUGAAACUCAGAAGAUCUGCUUAGGGGAGUCAUCUCUCAUUGAAGAAGAUUACAAAAGAAAAAGGGACCUGAAGGAAUGGGCUGGAGGAGGUGGGGGUGGAGGAGGAGCAACCUACAUCUUUAGACAGAAGGAUGGCAUUUUCGAACCUUUGCUCAUCGCAGCAGGAGGAGGAGGAAAAGCCUACCUGAAGGCUCAGGACAACUCCCUGGAUGAUGUACCCCUGGAGCAAUUUGAGAACAGCACCACCGUACCUGGAGUCAGUGGGAGGACUGGGGCAGCAGGUGGGGGUGGUGGCUGGCAAGAUGAGAGUCUGCUUCCUCAGGCUGGGAAGUCCCUUCUGGAAGGUGGAGAAGGAGGUCAAGCUUGUCCCCAAGCACUAGCCAAGCUCCAGUGGACCACCUCUGGUGGUUUUGGUGGAGGAGGAGGAGCUUGUACUUCUGGGGGAGGAGGCGGAGGGUACAGAGGUGGACAUGCCUCUGAUAGUGAUGAUAUCACAGCUGGUGGGCAGGAUGGCAUCUCUUUUGUGAACCCCAUAGGAGAGAUCUUCUUGCAUCCCUUGGCAGCCAUGGAGAGUCAUGGUGAGGUGGAGGUUCAGAUCUAUCUUAACUGCAGCCACUGCCACUCAGACAACUGCAAGAGGGACCCUGACACCAACUUGCCAGUGUGCCAGUGUGAGAUGGGGGCUGUGCUGGCCAACGACAAUGUCACCUGCACCGUGCCCCAGGGUCCUAUACCAGAAGGACAGCUGUCUCUCCCCCUCCUCUUAGCUGUGGUGUCUGUGAUUGUGGUGCUUGGAAUGAUCCUCACCUGUGGCAGCCUGUCCAUCAUUUAUCACCUGAAGAAGCAACAGCUGGAGGGAUCCAGAGCACGACUGCAGAGCCCAGAGUAUAAACUGAGCAAAAUCCGCACAUCUGUCAUCAUGACCGAUUACAACCCCAACUACUGCUUUGCAGGGAAAGCUGCCACCCUGAGUGAGCUGAAGGAGAUCCCACGGAAGAACAUCUCUCUGCUUCGGGCACUAGGACAUGGUGCAUUUGGUGAGGUUUAUGAGGGAACUGUGGUAGGCAUUGCAGGGGACCCCAACCCUCUACAAGUGGCUAUCAAGACCCUGCCAGAAGUCUGCUCUGAGCAGGAUGAGAUGGAUUUCCUGAUGGAAGCAUUGAUUAUCAGUAAGUUCAAUCACCAAAAUAUUGUGCAGUGCAUCGGUGUCAGCCUACAGACACUGCCUCGCUUCAUUCUGCUGGAGCUCAUGGCUGGAGGAGACAUGAAGAGCUUCCUUCGGCAGAACCGACCCAGGAUGAAUCAGCCAUCCACACUUACAAUGCAGGACCUGCUGAAUAUAGCCAGGGAUAUUGCCUGUGGCUGUAAAUACCUGGAAGAGAAUCAUUUCAUCCACAGAGAUAUAGCUGCAAGGAAUUGCCUUUUGACCUGUACUGGAGCAGGACGAAUAGCCAAAAUUGGUGACUUUGGAAUGGCCAGGGAUAUUUACAGAGCAAGUUACUACCGCAAGGGAGGAAGAGCCAUGCUUCCUGUCAAGUGGAUGCCACCAGAAGCUUUUCUAGAGGGCAUUUUCACCUCCAAGACUGAUACCUGGUCUUUUGGAGUGCUGCUUUGGGAGAUCUUCUCUCUAGGCUACAUGCCCUACCCUUGCAAAACCAAUCAGGAAGUGCUGGAAUUUGUCACCAGUGGAGGAAGAAUGGAUCCACCAAAAAACUGUCCGGGGCCAGUGUACCGGAUCAUGACACAAUGCUGGCAGCACAGUCCAGAGUAUCGGCCAAACUUCUCAACCAUCCUGGAAAGGAUCAAGUAUUGCACCCAGGACCCUGAUGUGAUCAACACUGAGCUGCCCAUGGAGUGUAGCCCUGCACCAGAGGACGAAGGGAGUAUGGUCAUGCGCCCAAACAUUUCCAGUGGGAUAGUGCCACUGCUGGUAAGCCCUUCUCUCACCCCUCAGACAACACCUAAGACACUGGAAUCCCACCAUGCUGGGCACAAACUUGUACAAUGUCCACAAGAGCUACUGGUGGAGAACCUGAGCAACCGGACUGCCCGAGGGCCCAGCCUGCCAUGCCUCAGUGAUUUCAACAGUGGGUCGUGGUUCCAGCAGACCUCAAACCAGAAGCUGGAGCCCAGCAACCCAUCCGCCCACAGACUUAAAAACAAAACAAAAAAUCUUUGGAAUCCAACAUAUGGAUCAUGGGUGCUAGAGAAUAUCUGUCACUUCAGCCCCAGCUCCAAGCUCAAAGCAAAUCCAGAGCGGGAAGAUUCAGGCUUUGAUGGGAAUUGCAGUUCUCCUAGCUCUCGGGCAUCUCCAGCAUCUCCAAGUCAAAGUAACUACCCUCAUCUGGAUAUCAGUGGGAUUGAACUGGUGAAACUCCAGACUUUCCCCUGUGGCAAUGUAAAUUAUGCUUAUGAUGACCUAUGCUAUAGCGCCGAGCACCAGCCAUCAGCCUUGGCAGAUGUCAGAGCAGCUGUGCUAAGGAGCUCCAGUCUUCACAGAGAUGAAAAGCCUUUUUGUAAAAAAGAGAAAACAUCAAGAGAGAGAGACUCUGGUCUGUCUUUGUCAGAUGACCUGAGUGUUACUCCAGUAUAGGAGAAAUGGUUCUUCCAAAGAUCAGGGAAUGUGUGUGUCUGGAAGGACUGCUUCCUGUUUCGCUAACUUUCUCCACUUUAGCUCGAUCGGAUGGGUGAAGUUUCAACAUCAGCUGUGUUCUGCUUCCUCUGUCUACCUGCUGGAUCCCACAUUGCUAAAGGCACUUGCAUUUCUAUCUCUGUCCUUCAAAUGCAUUCCACUGAACCAGCUUAGAAGUAGAGAACAAUGGCAUUGUUUGUCUGAUUCAGAAUAUGGUUCCUAAGGAAAGAACUCCUUUUCAAUCUGCUCAGGUGAAAAGAAAUGGAUCUACCAGCCAGCUGAAGUACUUGGCUGGAAAUAAUGGCCAACACAGGUUGUGCUUCUUUCUGAACCAAGAAUCUAAAAACAUGUGCUGUGCCAGCAGCAACCAACUUGCAAAGGCUACUACAUUCCUGAGAGCUUUUUACAGUCCUGGUGAAUUACUAAUGCUUAUGCACUAUAAGAGAAGUAAAAAAGAGUAGCAGCCACAUUUGCAUCUGUUUUAUUAGUAGACCUUGUGGAAGGUAUUGCUCAAAUUGGAAGCAGUAGGAAGAAUGAAAAAAAAAAAUCAGGCUCCUCUGAGCAUGUGCUUUGUAAACAAGCAAUGAAGAGGAAAACAUUUACCAUUAAAAAAGCAGUAGCUGGUGGAGCUCAUAAUAUUCCUUUGAGUAGUGGAGGAAAUGUGCUGCUUGCCUCAUGGUGUUGCUUUCCUCACAGCUCCUGGUGUUGAAGGGGCAGGUGGUUUUUCAAAGAAGGGUGAGCUGCAUGGUGUGAUGAGAAAUGAACUUAUCUUUUAAUGGACUUUACUUAAAAUGAACUUCAUUUUUGUAAGUACUUUGAUAUUCAGCAUUAAAUCUCUAUGCUGUGUUGGUAAGAACUUAGAUGAGGUUCUUGGGUAACUAUCUAGCAUUUGGUAUGAUGGAGUUCUUGGUUUUAAUACUCCAAGGUAGAAAGUAAUGCAAAGGAGAAGAAUAGUGAAAGGAAAUGUAAUGCAAACCCCACUUAGGGUGUUCUUUUUACAGGAAAGUAGAAUAUCUCAACCAUUUGAGAAAGCUAAAGCCAUGACUUGGCUUCACACAGCUGAGCAGGUAGCAAUUGUUCCUUGCCUUGCAAGUGCAGACUUGUUUAUAAAGGUUGUCAUUUGUUUCCAAGACAGCUCAUUUCUAAGGCUUUCUUGAGUUAUUUAGGACCUAAAUUCAUGUUUACGGAUUAAAAAAGCAAAAUAAGGAGACUGAAAAGGCAAGUAAUUUGGAUUAAGUCUGAACAGUCUUGGAAGCAUUCUGUUCUUGUACCACUCCUGAACGCCACACCUACAGUGGCAAAUUACAUGCUGUCUUUGUGUGUAAUCAAGCUGUGCAGUGAGAUGCCAGUUGUAGACUUCUCCAGUUCCGUUCUGAGGCAAGAGGUUCUCUGGUAUAUGCUUUAUGCUUAGUGAUCAGCUGCAUGUCAGUCUGAAGGUGCAGGCUAGCAGGUGAUGGCUUGCUUAGACCAGAGACCUCCUGUCCUUUACAUCAGCCAGGGUGGACACUUCUGAGCUGUGGUAAAGAAAAUCACAGGGUGAAGAGUCUGAAUCCAUCCUCACUGAAAGGCAUCUUCAGCACAGGUUUAUGCUUCAUUGGUCUGACUCUCUAUCUCUUCCACGCUUUGUAUAGUUUUAGGCCUUUGACUUUAGAAUGGACAGAUUUAUACAAUGUCAAUUCAGAGCAUACAGAUACCUUAAGAGCAGACUCAUUUCAGUGAUACCCAGCAACAGGACAAGGGACAACAGGCACAAACUGAAACAUAGGACAUUCUUCCUGAGUAUGAGAAAAAAAUGUGUUUACUUUGAGGGUGACAGAGGUAGCCCAGAGAGGCUGUGUAGUCUCCUGCUCUGGAGACACUCAAAACCCACCCAGACAUGAUCCUGUGCAACCUGCUGUAGGAGAACCUACUUGAGCAGGGAGGUUGGACUAGAUGAUCUUUGGAGGUCCCGUUUCACAGCAAUCCUUCUAUGAUUUCCAGACAUAAAUGGUGAUGAUGGUCACCUUUCAGCAAAGACCCAUAUAAUGUGGAAAUAAUUCUAAAUCCAUGGUGUUGUAAAACGAUUGAUGGUCAGAAGAGACGGGUCCCUCUGUGUGGGGCAAAUUUCAGUAGAAGUGUGGGACUGAUGGGUUUAGUGACCAAAGGAGAUUAAUGACUUUGCCUCAUGCCCUUCUUCCCAUUUCACCUUGCUUCAGCUCUCUAGCUUCUCUCACGUUUAGUUCAUUGCCUGUCCUGUCUUAUAUCCAGGAGUUGCUACAGCCCAGUUAGAUGAGGCAGAAGAGCCCAUUUAGCAGGAAACUUUCUCAUUCUCUCCUCUUGCAAAGGCUAACAUUUUUGAUCAUAUUUCAGACUGGCCACCUCUGCACCAUGCUAGCCAAAAAUAAAUGCAUUUACUUUUAACUAUUGAAAUGCAAUCAGUUUGUCCUUACUUUUCAGAUUGUAUUGCCUUUAUGGUUCAUACAUUAGUAGGUUUUUGCCUCCGGAAAGAUGACCUAUCAAACUUUCCAGUCGUUGUGACUUGGUGCCAGCACCUUGGCCCCUUCCUCCCUGAAUAUAAGGCCACAGCAGAGUGCAGUGAUCAUGGUUCAGCUGCAGUGGAGGUGAUGCCAGCUCACUCUUCAGCCCUUGUCUGUCCUGAGUAGAGCAUUGGUGGUCAGGGACAUGCUUUUGCAGGCCCCUUAUGACUCUGCUUUCAAUUCUCCUUAGCCAUUAGCAUGGGCUGGAAAUUGGUGGCAAUUGGAGUGAAAUACUGGCUGGUUCAGAAGCCAUGGGAAGUUAACUAUACUACCUUCUCUUCCCUGAGACUUUUAAUGAAGUAGCAGAGAGAUGACAGUUCUUCAUAUUUUUAAAUGACUAUAAAAUACCCCAAGAUUCCAGUGAGAAGCAGGCAUGAUCUCUACUGUCGAGAUAGCUACCCAGCUUUGAGCUACCACUGUUUUCCCCGUGAAGCCCUUGCCUCAACAUAACUCACAGAUUUAGAAAGGCCAGUAGUGACAAAAGCAGGGAAGCUAUUGAAAAGCGAAGUGAGAGGAAAGCACAGUUCUAUUAGCAGUGCCAGGACAGUCUUGGCUGUAGCUAUGCCUUCAUUUUAUAAAUAAAGUGCAAGUCCACCACAUUGGACAAAUACCUGAUUUUACUGAAUAGCUGCAUCAAGGUACUCGUUUACAGGAAGCACAUAGACAAAGCUGCACUGAGACUGAGCAGACUUCUAUCCUGACCAGGAUCUUAUCCCUAAGAGUGAUCAAGAGUGGGAUGUUGAAGAGCAACUGUAAGAGUAGAGUAAGCAUAUAUGGAUUAUUUAUUUCCAAAACAGACUCUGAUGGUUUACAACAGCAUUUAGCUCAGGGCUGCACUGAGCCAGAUGCAGUAUUUUCUAAAAAGACAAGACAUGGAGAUGCAGGUACCAAAUGGGCACUAAAAGAAAGAGCUGGGAAUUUUAAAAGAAUUGCAUUAGUACCCUCAAUGCUCUUAACUCUCCCAAAUGGAAUGAUCUUCUGUCAGCAUAUUGUCAUGAAUCUUUGACCUGUAACAAUCUUUUUUUAAGAUGCUAUUUAAAAACCCUCACAGAUAAUGAAUUUUUAAUUAACAUCCUGGAGGACAUAUUGUUGAUAUUUUUCCUGUUGUGAAGUUUAAUGCUACAUGCUGUACAAACCAUUUUAUCUCAAAAGAAAAAAUAACAAUUGCAGUGAUUCACCCUACAACCUUCAGUCCUUCAGUUCUGAGACUGAAACUUAUUGUUUGUACAAUCAGAGAUUUCAGAGCAGUGCUCAACUGCUAACAUUACAAAAUGUAACUUGUGUGAAACUGCUUUUUAUUGAGACAUUUUUAGGGCAUCACCAGUGAGUUAAACCCAUAGUGCCAAAAUUUGAUUAAUUAGGAUACUGGAAGCCAAAACCCAAUUCUGUUUCCUAGAGGACUGACAUGAGCUGGAGAUCUGGGAUUAAUUCAGUCUAUAACCCAUGUGAAAUCUUCCACUACUUCCCUACUGCAGAAUCAGCCAUUUAUAGGUUUGUUAUAAAUUGCUCUUCCUGAUAGGUGUCUGUUUUUUAACAUUACCAAAUUGGUUUUGUAAUUGUAUGUAUAUAGUUGGUUUUUGACUGUGUUUAGCAUUAAUACUUUAUGUUGCUUCACAUAACCUCAUUCUUACAUUUUAAAGAAGGGACUGAUUAACAGACGAUGAAACAAUAAUGGUAAUUUCAAUUUGUCUUUCUCUGCUUUUUCACAUUUGUUGAUAGUCCUGCUUCUCAUUUCUUUGUAAUCCUUGCUUCUCCUUUCUUGGUAAUCCUUGCUCUCCUAAACAAACAGAAUUUUUAAUUGCACAGAUCUAAGAUGUCCCCCUUCAUAUCAACCCUUUUCCUGAGCUAAGUUCUCAGUUAAUUUGCCCAUGGGCUGGUGUGCACUAAGAAAGCUUUCCAAGGGUGCUAAAAUAGUUAUGGGCUUUUGCAAGUGUAACUUCACCUUCAAGACACUCCCUACUUUCCUGAAAGAGAAGAAAUUGCUGCUGCUGGGAAUACUUUUCCCCACACUGUAUUUGCAUCUCCACAGCAGUGUCAGAAAAGGACCAGACUUCCUUAGGCCCUUGAGCUGUGUGAGACAGUUUCUCCUGUAGGCAUGGCUGUGCUCUCUCCUCCUGGCUGUCCACCCCUCUCAAUCCCAUGCAGAGACCUUAGUGAUGCCUCACAUCUUCCCAUCACAGCACACAAAUGGAAAAGUCAUGUGAACAGGUUUUGAUUUGUCAUCACCUCUGACCAAGGCUGCACUUCUGCCAACUUUCCUUUCUGGGUGACUACUGUACAUAAGUAGAUGACACACCUGCUUCUAUGCAAUUUAAAGCUACACAAGUGUAUACUUCUAUAUUUGCAACACAAAAUAAAGAGACACUAAUGGUGGAUAUUUGUUUCCCUCUCUUAUAAGUACUCUUUGCACACUUUCUAUGGUAAGAAUACACUCUCUCUUGCUGAGAAGUGCUGCCACUCCUAGAGACUUGAGUGCUUUUUCCCUGUGUCCACACAAAAUUGCCCAGGGGAAGAGUUUAGUGCUCUGAGUCUGACAAGUGCCUCUUGGUGCACUUUUUUUUUAUAGGCUGCAGACUAUUCACUGAGAUUUCUGAGACAGAGCUUACCUUGAAGGAAGCUGACAAGCUUUGGGCGAAUCAGGUUCUAAAAGUAACACCAAUAGGCUUUGGAAUCAAGCUCCACCAUUUGGCUUCUGGUUUUGCUUUAGGAAGUACCACAUGGUAAAGAUUAAAAGCAGUGAAACAUACUGUUUUUCUCCCUUCCCUGAAGAAAAGAUAUUAUUCUCACAUGACCAAAUCACAGUAGAUGUCUUUUUUUCCUUCAGUCUGAUUUAUUUAGUAGCAUACACACUUCAGAGUAACAAACACUCAUCCAAUACAGUCAAUGUCAGCAUUGCAUUGUAGUGUUCAGAACAGAUGCAUGUGGAUGAUACAGGCCAUUUGAUCUCAGUACCUUAAGAAUAACAAAUAAUAACAACAGCAAUAAAAAAGUAGCAAAAGCCCUCUGAGAUACAUUGAAAUCUUUCCCUUUAACAGGAACUGGAUCAGAUGUUAAGUGAAUACCUCCCUGUACAAAAUUUAGAGGAAUUUAGGUUUUACCACUUUGGUUAAAUUUCAGCCAAAUUUAUAUCUCUGUGGGGCCUCAACAUCCAUAACUUUUAAACUUAUCUGAUCUAUCUCU